AUGUGCUACUCAGCUCCAGCCGAAUGCCUUCAAACUCAGGCCAAGCAUCUUUUAGGCAGUCCGAGCCCACGCCGGAAUAUACCUGCCACCGCGUCAUAUGCUCGUGGCCAACUUAAGCGGCCCUCUAAUACGGGGCUUAUCGCAAUGAUAACGACACUCCCAAUAGACGUGUUCUUAGCUUCAGACAGUGGCUUCUUUGAUCCAGCUCCUCGACUACGAACUAUGUCGACGCUUGAGCCUGCCUCGCCCCUCCCUGUGCGCUCCGCCUCGCAAGUAUUAAAUGAAAAGGAGAACUCGAAAAAUUCCGACAAGGGCUCCUUGAAUGACCUGGAGAAGGAGGAGCAGGUCGACUCUGUCGAUGGAGAUGAGGACAUUGGAGUCAUUGAUAAGGCUGAGGACGUCGCUACUCAGAUCCUUUCCACCCAUGAUGACCCAGAGCUUCCUUCCAUUACGUUCCGCUCGAUUUUUCUCGGAGUCGGAUUGAGCGCGUUCUCGGCGGUAAGCAAAUCCUGCCAUAAUCUUUUCUCUUCCUCAGGCAAGUCAAUCCAUAGACGUUUAGCAACCAUAUAUACCUUCAAGCCACAAAAUGCCACCGUCUCUCAACUCUUCUGUCUCAUCAUUGCCUACGUUAUGGGAACUGCGAUGCAUAAUGUCUUGCCAAGCCAUGGCUACUGGAGGUACCUCAAUCCAGGCCCGUUCAAUCUCAAGGAACAUACAGCCAUCGUCAUCAUGUCGGGAACCGCAUCUAACGUUGCCGUUGGAAUGGAAAUCAUCGCUGCCCUUGACCUCUUCUACGACCUCAAGUUGAACGCUGCUGUUGCGAUCUUCCAAAUUUUUGCGACACAAAUGUUGGGUUAUGGAAUCGCGGGUAUAUUGCGAACAUUUCUGGUUUACCCAACUUACGCGUUCUAUCCCAACUAUAUCUCCGUAGUCAAUCUUUUGCAGAGCCUCCAUUGGCGAGGUGCUCUGAAUGCCAAGAAAAGGCGCUUCUUCUGGAUCAUUUUUGCAGCAAUAUUCCUUUGGGAAUGGAUUCCUCAAUACCCAUUCCCCCUCCUCACAGCAUUCUCUAUCAUUUGUCUGGCUGACAAUGGACGACAUGAAUUUGUUCGCAACCUCUUUGGUGCUGGUUCAAGCAAUGAAGGGAUCGGCUUAGCAAGUGUCAGCACAUCAUGGACUUUGAUCACUCAAGGCAACCCGCUUAUUUGGCCAUUGCAAACGCAGAUCAACUCAUUCAUCGGCAUGUGGCUCGGAUAUGCAGUCCUCACUGGAUCGUACUACACCAACGUCUUCAAUGGGCGCUCGCUACCAUGGAUGUCAACGGCGCUCUUCAGUCAGGACGGCGGCACUUACAAUCAGUCGCUUGUCAUCACCGAUGAUUUCAGGCUUAACAAAACUGCGUUGGCCGAGGUUGGACUGCCGAUGUAUACGACCACCUAUGCCAUCAGCCAACUGUGCUAUAACUUGAGCCUUGGCGCGGCUGUAACAUACUUGCUUAUUUGGCAUUGGCCAGAAUUGACAGCUGCGUUCGGCGGGAUGAGAUUUCUCAAGCGGGGCCAUGCCGCCAACGUGGAUGACCCGCAUUAUCGUGAAAUGCAGAAAUAUCCCGAAGUCCCGCAAUGGGUUUAUGGCGCUCUCUUUGUUCUGUCGCUCGGUGUCGGCAUAGGCUGUAGCUAUGCUGGACCGCAUGGAACAGUUUUGAUGCCGGUAUGGAGCAUCCUGUACUUUACUUUCUUCAGUGCUGUUAUUUCUGUGGUUCUCGGUUUUAGCGAGUUCACUGCUACGACCGGCUUUAACAUCAGCAUAAAAUAUGCAAUCCAGAUUAUGGCGGCUUUUAUUCACCCAGGGCAGCCAAUUCCCGUCAUGUAUGCCAAUCUCUACGGAAACUCGACAAGUUUCCAGACCCUCUAUCUGCUCCAGGACUUGAAGCUCGGCCAAUACACGAAGCUGCCUCCCCGUAUAACCUUCGGCGUGCAGAUGGCUGGCUCGCUCAUUGGUGCAAUCUUCAACUACACGAUGAUGCAAACGAUCAUAAAAAAUAACCGCGAGAUUCUGAAGGAUCCGAUUGGCUCGCGGCUGUGGUCUGGCUGGAUCAUUCAGCAGUACAACAGUGCCUCGGUCGCAAUGGGUGCUCUCGGGAAGGAGCUGUUCGCGCAUGGGAAGCCGUACUGGCUUAUUCCCUUUGCGAUGUUGAUCGGCCUUUUCUUACCCUUCCCCUUCUGGGCCGUCUGGAAGUUCUCCAAUCCCCAGUCCAAACUUGCCAGGUUUAUGAAGUACCUCAACUUGCCCAUCAUUCUGCUCUACAUCGGAUGGCUACCUUACUCCGUCAACGGCCAGUGGACGAGCUGCAUGAUCAUUGGUGUCUACUCGCAGUGGUGGCUGCGAACAAGACGGCCCAAGUGGUUUGCCAAAUACAACUAUAUUUUGUCCGCUGCGCUCGACGGAGGGAGUCAGGUUAUUCUUUUCAUCCUCAGUUUCGCUGUGUUUGGUGCUAGUGGCAAAGGAGUGGACUUUCCCAACUGGUGGGGCAACCCGGACCCCGCAAAGCUCAGUGUUGAUCGCUGCCGAGCAACUUAG